ACGAGAUUGCAGUUACUUCCCAAGAAAACGUCGAAGCGCAAGGACGUGUACGCGAGUCGUUCACACGGUGUGACGGUGCGUUGUUACGGUAAAAGCGUGUUAAAUUGUGGAUACGUUUAUUGGGGUGAGAGGUUUUGUUUUUUGGUAUAAUAAAAAGUUCACUUAAUUACGAUUCAACAAACGACAAAAAAAAGGGGAGAUCGAGAACUUGCCAGCAAAGCUAAGCAAACUGCAAGGUAGACGCACGCACGCAGAAUGCUGCUUUACAUCGGUGUUGCGUGCCGGGUACCAUUCUCUCAGUGCGUUCCUCCCGAAGCCUGCAGGUCGUGAAAAUUAAUCGGACCAUAGUUUAUUCAACUGUGCCUUAAUUUUGGUGUAUAUGUGUGUGUGUGUUUCGCCCAUAAGUUGGGUUUUUUGGAUUGGAUAGUAAAAACAAUCAAAAACCAAACUUCGCCUGACGAAAAAAAAAGGUAAAAACAUUUCUUGUAGGUUGCAAGUGAAACACGACCCACCUCCCCCGGAACGGUCCGAAAAUUACUCCCCCCGAAAACCACCGGCACCAUAGCCGUGUGCUGGUGGAUGCGUGUGUGCCGAUAGUUUACGGCUAGCGGGGAGAUAUCCUUCGUGUGGCUGGUACACGAACGCAACGCAUUCCCGGAUAUGCAACUUUGCCGCUUUGUGCCGCUCUGCAUCGAUUUUCUCGCUUGUAAGGAGGUGUACCGUGUAGGGAAGCGCCUUCAGCAGCAGCAAAACGCAAAAAAAUGCGUCAAAACAGUGCCAUUAUACAGUGUGCGUGAGUGCGUGUAACGUCGCUACGUUGCGUAAUAUCCGACGUCCUGACAACGCCAUCGUUUACGUGUGUGCACGUUGCAGCACGCGACCAUGCAUUGCGCGUGUAUGACCCAGGUGUGAGCCUGUGCGUUUGUGUGUCUGUGGGUUACGUGUGUGUGUGUGUGCGCGCCCGCGUGUGACCGGUGGCGGACCGCCAGGAGUACAGUGGGCCCCGAAACCGUCUGUAGUAACCGCCGUUUGUCAACAAAUCGUCACUCAAAUCGUCACAUUACGCUGGUUGCAGCGUUGCGGUUGGAUCGAUCAAUCCAGGAAGUGUGAUUGCACGCACACACACUAUCAGUGGCAACAAUCAACACACGUAGCACGUAACUACAAUCAGCACUCCCGGACCCGGUAUCGUGUGCUGAAUAGCUAAAAAAAAAAAACCAGCCGUACAGAGAGAAAAUAAAGGAACCAAGUUUUUCCUUCCAUUUUAGGACAGCCCGCUGGCCAGUUCCGUUGACCGAGGCCGUACGUUAUGUAGCUGCUAGGCGAAAGUCAUCCAAAAACAAAAAAAAAAACGACGCGACAACAUUUGCAUCUUACCAGCGUAACAAGGUAUCGAAGCGCCGUCAGUCGUCUACAGUCCUGCAGCGAGUGUGGUGCGACUCAAACAAAACAAAAACCAAAAAAAAAAAAACAAAAACACACAGACAAAACCGCCCUACGUGCAUGUGUAACGAUUUGUUUUGGUUAGCUGGGCAUUUGUGCGUGAAGCGAACGUGUUCGAACAGCGAAGAGAUGUCACUCGGUGUUGCCGAUGGUUGGCGGCGCUAGUAACGCAUCACCGCCGCAAGGGAACUACCGCCCGUCAACCAGAAGGAUGGCCGACAGUGGGGCACCCGGUGCGAACGGGACGGCGGGUGGUAUGGGACCGACCCGUGGCCACACAGCGCCGGCCCCGGGUGGAAAUCUAACCCACGGACGACCGGUACAUCCGGGGGUAGCACCUCCGCCGCAUUCCAGCAUUCCUAAGCCGGCGUCUAAUGCGCUCAUCGCCACCGGUGUGGUGUGCGGUCCGAGAAUUGUGAUCCUGCACCGCUACAAUGGUGAUUUCGGCUUCACACUGCGUCAUUUCAUCGUCUACCCACCGGAUUCGCUCACGGAACCGACGAUCAAUCCGUUGACCACUGCGGGCGUGUUGAACUUUGCGCAACCGAUGGACACGGUGUUCGUGAAGAAGGUGCACGCGAACACGCCGGCUCAUAUGGCCGGCCUGCAGGAGGGUGACCGGUUGCUGGCAGUGAAUGGUGUACCGGUUACCUCCAUACCGUACUCGCAGGUUGUCGCCACCAUUCAGCAAACGCCGAAAACGCUUACCCUGCAGGUGGUACCGAAGAACUAUGAUAUCUUGCAAACGUUUUUUAGCGAAACCGCCCACAACCCGGAAACGAAUCAACGACCGCAACCGCAGCAACCGUACGCACCAAAAGCGAUAACGAUGGCGGCUGGUGCCUACCCAAAAUCGAAACCGGCACCACCGCAUCCACUGACGGUGGAGGGUGUGCAGGAGAAGCAGGAAUCACUGUACAGCACGCUGCAGGAGAUCGUUGCGGACAAUGUCGGUGCACCGCAGCCGGCCACCAAGAAUCACGCUCUACACGCCGAAGUGCCAAAGAUGCUGACCCAUGCAGCGGUACCGCUGGUGCACCAUAUGGCGCCCCAUCUGCAGAAACCGAUGGUACCGAUCGCACCGAAACCGAUCUCGAUGCCGUACGAGCAGCAGCAGCACUAUAUGCAGCUGCAUCAGCAGCAGCAGCAAUUUCUGCAGAAGAUGUCCCUACACGGCAAGGAUGGUGCGGAGUCGCUAUCGGUAACGGGUGACGGUGGUUAUGCACCGCUCGGCGAAGGUGACAGUGCCAUCAUGUCCCGGUUGCGCAAAAGUCUCGAACAGAAGGAAGAGUUUCUGCGCCGCCCACUGACGACGAUGCAGGGUGCACUGGUACCGAUGGGAACGGCGCAGCCACCGAUCAACGGACUACCAUCCGCACAUGAUGUGCAGCAGCGUGAAUUUUACGCACGCCCGAACCGUCUGCAGAAAUCUGUGUGGCCACCGAGCCAAACGCAACUAAACACUUCCACGCCCGGUACGGCACUGGUCAGUUACGGCUUACCAGCGGAACCGAACAAAUCGACCAGUGGUUUGGUAUCGCCCCCUUCGCUGGCUGGUACCGUUCCAACAACGAACGUGUCCCCAACCACACCGCCAUCUUCGCAAACGGUCACCGUCGCCACCAGCACCAUCACGAAACCGAUGGUCAGCUCCACCAACAUGCUGCGCGAGCAUGCGUCCCAGCUGUCCGCUAUACGGGAGCAUUUCUUUACCAGCGGCAUCGGUGGUUCGCUUCAGCUGCCACCCAAGUCGGCGCCACCAUCGCUUGCGAUUGCACCGGUCGCCGUCACGACGACCGCGGGACCAUCGUCACCGACCGGUGCCGCUACGGUACCGCUGUCACCGCACAGCAUGCAUGCCGUCUCGGAAAAGGCGAAACUGUUCGAGUCUGGCCGUCCACUGUCACCGGAAGGUAUCGACCGGAUGGAUCUGUACAAGAGUGAACUGAGCAGGAUAAACACAAAACAGGUCGUACCGAAUGUGGCCGUGCGUAGGAAAGAAUUUGAACUGAAGGCCGAAAGUACGGGGUGGCGAAAAUCUAUCGAAGACAAGCCCCGUUCGGUUAGCUCCGAUUCGGAAUCACGACGUACGCCGGUACGUCUGCGGUCACUCUCGGUAGAGUCAAAUGCAACGCGCGAUUCCCGACAUUCACUCGCCAGCUCAUCACUGCUAACGGCCGACACGUUUGAUGCUGCCGAAAAGGAACGGGAGAACCAGCAGCACCCGGUACCACCGGUUGCGAUGUUGCGCCAGAAGCCGAUCCGGGACGAUUCGUACCGCAAUGCUGUCCGCAACUCGACAGCAUUCUGGUUGCAAGGACCGCUACCAACAGCAUCAGAAUCGGCCUCGGUGCACGGCCCGUCAGCGCUGGCAGAAAGUUCGUCCACCUACUCGGUUGGUUCGGACAGUGAUACGGCCUGUACGGUACCUCCGAUACCACCGGUCCGUACGUAUGCUGCCGCACACCGACUCCACCAUCCACUGUCUGCGGCAGAUACCGAGCAGAUGCGUAUGAAGAUGUUGCACCGCAACCAGACGAUUGUUGAGCUGCGUCACUUCCUUGCCGGUGACGGUGACGGUGGUAUUGACGGUGCUAUCGGUGGCGAUAUCGAGAUGUUUCAACGUCCACCACUGACCUCGCCACCGCUCGCACCACUCUCACCGCUCACGGUAGCGUCAUCCGUUACGUCCACCUCGUCCGUACCGCUCACGCAUCUCGUUACGCUUGAACACGCGACCGGACAUGGCAGCGCUGGUCCAGUAACAUCCGGCAUAGCAGCACCACCGUCAACGCCAACAUCAUCAUCAACUUUCUUUCGUCCAGGGAGUGGUCCGAUCCGUCCCACAACGCUCAACCUUUGCACAGAUGGUUCCGUACCGGCAGUGGUGAUGCGCCAGAAGCAACCGCACCAUCCGCUGCUGCUGGAGGAUGAUGAGCGUAAGAUGCGACGGAUCUCAUACCUGCGGGCAACAGCGCACGAUAACCUCUUCCACAUGUUGGAAAGUGAUGCGGACAGUAGUCCAAUGUCAUUGCCAUCGGCCGAUACACCAGACACCGACGCAACGGAACCACCGGUCAUCGAGUCGCCCGGUCUGCCGACGACGGUUUCGCAUGGUGCAAGCGAAGAUUCGGCGACAGCGUCCGGCAAGAUGCAGCCGCAGCAGCUCAAGAGUGCCUAUCGUCCUUGGCGAAGGCCUCGUCUUACUACCGACAUUCAGCCGCUGCGUCGUCUGUUCGAUCCAGUGUCAUCCGAUUCGACUACAUCGUCACCACUUCCGCCCAUCCCUGAAACUGAACAUACGCCCGGAACAUCCGCCCCAUCCACCGAACCCAGCUCCAAAAAGCGUUCACGACCCCGCCCCAUACCCCGACCGCCCAACCACCAAGACGAUCAUGACGUAGACGUGGACGAUGACGACAAUGAUGAUGACGAUUACGAUGACGUCGACGUGGACCAUCUGGAUGAUGAUGAUCGGCGUGCAUCAUCACGUCCCGGACCUACGCCAGCACGGUCUACGAUCGGGAAGGGCCGUUCGGCUUCCCUGGUCACGACCACUCCGCUAGGUAGUGGAACCGGUGGGCGACUGUUUGGGGCGGCGAGCAGCCUUGGUAAUCUGCACGUCAUCACCACAACCACUGCGGGCGGUGUCGUCACGCGCAACUACUUCUUCGCCCAGAGCCAUGGAACCAAAUCGAAAGCACUGGCACACUUCCGGGAUGGGGCGGCCGACACCACCGAACCGUUGGUGCGCGGGGGCGAACUGCACGUCAAGGUGACGCUGAUCGACGGUAAGCGGUCGGCAGAUCGUAGCUGGCGCACCGUACAUGCCGAACUGCGCGGUCACCAUCUGAAGCUGACGCUGGUACGCGAAGGAAAGAACUCAAAUCAGAGUCCGGAACCAUGUGGCACGAUCGACCUGACGAACUUCCACGUUACCGAAGGGAACUACACGAAGCGCAAGAACGUGUUCAAGCUGACGACAGCUGUUGGUUCGUACUGUCCGCUGGAGGCGGCCGCCGUCGCCGGGUUUGGCCAUGCCGAGGUUCACCGCACACAGUCCGCUUCCGGUUUGGCUAAUGUUGGCGGUGCGGGCAGCACCUGCGGAUCAUCCAUUCGCAGUGCGUCCACUGUUGGAUUGCCCGGGUCGGAGCGUGAACUGCUGCUGCAAGCCGACAGUCACAGUGACAUGCAGCAGUGGAUGGAGUCGUUGCGUCUUGUUUGCGGUGGAGGCAGCACCAAUCAGCUUCAUAGUCCGGACUACCUUAGUGGACGUGGAGGACAACAGGCAGAACCGCAACGUAUAGCAGCACAAACGAGCGUACAGGUGCAUGCGGGUAGUGUGAGCGGUGGUGCUAACAGUGGGGACGAUUACUCCCCAGUGCUGCCAGCAAAAUCGCAGCGAAAGUAUGCGCUCGGUUCCCGUUCACCGUCCGGUCAGUCGCCGGUAACGAAAAGCCGUAAGACACCACAAACUGGUUGCAGCUCACCAACGGGUAGCGCGGACCAACCGAUCGUGUCCGUCUCGGUUACCUCCAAUCAACCAACCGGUCAGUACCAUCAACCGCACCAUCAACCGCAACAUCUAACGCUGCAACAGCAGCAGCAACAGUUUGCCGGCACAAAGGAUAGCUCCGAUCGGGAAAGUGGUUCACCGAAAUCGAAAACCUGGAAGGGCAUUGUUGCCCGCCAGUUCCGCAAGAUGCAGGGUCAACCGCCCGGUUCACCGGGCGCAUCUGCUACGGGUGGGUCGGAUUUACUCGCCCUACCGGACGGUGCUUCGAUCAAUGUGCCACUGCAGCAGUGCCCGGUGUCGGAGGAAAACCCGUACGUACCGCUCGUGCUUACCAAGUGUACCGGUAUCGUCGAAUCGAAGGGCAUGGGUGUGGUCGGUAUCUAUCGCAUACCGGGGAAUACCGCCGCCAUCACGCAGCUAACCGAAACGAUCAACCGUGGGCUAGAUGAGGCCACCCUGCGCGAUCCACGCUGGGAGGAUGUGAACGUCGUCUCGUCGCUGCUGAAAUCGUUCAUCCGCAACCUGCCCGAACCGCUGCUACCGAACGAACUGUACGGUGGGUUCAUUGCCGCCGAUAAGAUGACCGGCCAGCGCCGGCUGCUCGAGCUGCGCCAGCUGCUCCGUCGCGUACCACCGAUGAACUACGAAACGUUAAAGCAUCUCAUGCGACAUCUGCACCGUGUCAGCACGCACAACGAGGUGAACCUGAUGGAUCCCCGUAAUUUAGCAAUCGUUUUCGGACCGUCCGUUGUCCGUUCGGCUAACGAGUCGCUCGAAACGGCUGUAAAGGAUAUGCGCCACCAGUGCCAGAUCGUCGAAGUGCUUAUCAACUACUAUCAAUACUUCUUCGAGGAUGGACUGUUGCCGAGUGUGGACGAGAGCAAAAACGGCACCGGUACCGUCGUCGACUCCGGCCUGGAGGUACCAUCAACCUCACUGCUUCUGGAUAACGUUGCCAAAAUCGAGCCAUUUAAGGAGCAGUCAAAGGAGAGUACAUCCGGCUUUGUCGCGAACAUUGUACAAGCAGCAAAUCGAAAGAUACGCCGUACGGCACAGCGCAAGAGCACCAUGUCGUCGACCACUCCCGAUACGCUCUCGCUCGACAGCACCACGUCGGCGGAAUCGAAGGAGCAGUCGUCACGUGUCAUCCGGCGCUAUCUGGAACUGGGCCCAAAGCCUGGAACGGCUAUGAGCGUUGGUGCGGGUUCUGGUGGUUCGGAGCGUGCCUUGCAGGUCGUACACGAUGUUACUGGACCGGGUACGAUUCGGGGUCCGCGCUCGGUUGGCAGUGCCGGGCCCGGCUGCGAACCGCCAACUGACGACAGUCUGUUACAGCUGCACCAUCACCAUCAUCAUCAUCAUCACUACUAUCACAGCAGCAGUAGCCGGCACCACAGCAGCCAGAGCAAUGACGAUGCGUCAUCAGUAUUAAAUCGCUCUUCCGAGGACGACUCGAACGACAGUGCCUUCGCCGACAACGGUUCCAUGUCGUUGAAGACGGUAACGAUCGCACUGGAUAACAAGUUGCGCUCGUUGCGCGACUCCUCGAUCGAUUCCGAUCGCGAUCAGACGCAGGAGAGUGACGGUGAUCUUAGCGGCGGGUACGGUAAUGGGCGGCAUUCGCUUCACCAGCAAUGGAGCCACAUGGGCCGUUCGCCGCGGCCGCUAACGCUAGGCGAGAACAUACCGUACGCGGAUGAGUCCCCGGAACGGCCACUCAUACAGGGUCGCGCGAAGCCACAGCGUUCGCUGACGAUUGCGGCGAACAAUAACAACAACAACCAGGAGGAUAGUGUGCCAACAGCGGUUGUAACACCCGGCAAGCAGCAGCUCAAGAAGGCACUGACGGCACAUUCGCAGAAGUCGAUCGAUAGCGGUAGUACGGUGAACUCCAGCACAAACAACAGCUGCCUAACGCUUGUGAACGAAGCUGAUGCAACACUCGACGGUAGUGGUGGUGGUGGCGGCGGCGGCAAUGCGGAUGUUGGCGGUGAGGAACAGGAGGGAGAGACGGAUGGGCAGCAGCAACCGGUCGCGGCCAAGGGUCGCAACGUGUCGCUCAGCUCGGACGAAACCGACACCUCGACAACGAGCAAUCCGCGCGAAAAGCUAACCGCCGCCACGUAUCGCAUCGAUACGGAGAAGCUGAAGAAGAUGAACCGCAUCCUGACGCAGCUGGAACGCAAAGCGAACAAUCUGGAGCGUAAGUUCAAUCUAAACCGCUCACUCUCGCUGAACUACAAAUCGCCCAAAGGGGGCGACUGCUGCUGCUCCCAUCACGGUCUGCCGAUGACGCAUUCGUCCCAGGCACCGCUCGCAGCACACUGCUGCCAGCAUCAACAGCAGCAGCAACAACACAUCAGCAACAACCUCAACAACAACAACAGCACAAGCUGCCACAACCAUAACGGGGGUGGAGGUGUUGGGGGCACCAUCGUUAGUCUGCGUUCCCGUUUCUCCCUUACCAAGGACGAAAAAACGGACAAAAACAUUAACCGGCGGCGUCAGAUACACGACACAUCGGUAACGCCCCAGCCGGCCGGUACAGCGUCUGCACCGGCCACAUCCGGUGGCGGCGGUAGUAGCUGUACGGUAACCGGUAACGGUAACGCAAGCGGUAGUAACGACAGUAGCAGCUGCGGUGAACCGUGCGGUCCCCAGAUUAUACUGACACCGGCAACGGUUACACCGAAUGCUUCCACCCGCCAGCGACGCCAUGUUGGUAGCCGUUCGAUUCGGCGGCGCCACACCGUGGGCGGUACGCACGAUUACUACUCGAACAAAAUGAACGGCCAGCAUCAUCAUCAUCACCACCAUCAUCAUCCGCAUCACCAGCCGCAUCAUAAUCAUGUCGGACCGGGUUGCUGUCCGGUGCCGCAGAACUGAACUGCGUGAUGAGCCGUCAUUUUGUUUCGUUGCUUUUCUUCUUUUCUUCUUCUUCUUCUUUUCUCUCUGUCUAUUGUAGUGCAUAGUUGUUUGUAGGUACAGGUUGUGUAGAAGAUUUCAUCCCCAGCCCAUUUGAUAGACACGAUUUAUACAAUAUAUCUCCCCUUUACAUGCUUGUGUUAAGUGUUUCAUUGUGCAAUGCGUGCGUGUGUGUGAGAGAGCAUUAGACGUGUAAUGGAAGAAUUUAGAAUAGGCAGGAAGGGAAGACGGAGGGGAGAGGAUAGGAGGAGAGGGGACAGAUAGAAGGAUAGAUAGCAGAUCUUCCCAGCUAGCGAACAUUAAUUGUAAUUUCGAAACAGUAUCGAAACGAUAUGCGUACGCGUUACGCGCAUACAGUUUAUACAACCGUAGUACAGUAAUGUAUUUAAGCAUAAGUGAAGCGAGCCCCGAACCGCCAAACAAUACAACCGGAGGCUAACCCGGUCGUAGCAGUUCGACGCAGUUCGAAGCGAAUUAACGAGCCAAUCUGCGGUAAAGGUAGAUGUAUAUGCAUCGGUAAGAUGGAAGCCUGUCGGAAGCCGUGCUGCUUCUAGCCUGCCGGUGCUCUAGUAGAUUAAUUUCAUAUUCAACCGCCUGUACACACCACAUCCACACACCGCCACAUAUGCGCAUACCCAACAAGAAGCACAAACGGUACGGUUGGACGGGUGCGAAAUCAAAAUUGUGAUAACUAUGAGAUGUGGGAGAAGGACGAAAAAAAAGCGGCUUCAGUACGAAUUAUUAUAAUGCAUUUGCAAAGAACGACAAGAAUAAGUAACACAAGAUGAACAAAGUUGCUUGAAGCCCUUCGGUUAUUGUUUAUUAUUAUAAUUGCUAUUAUCUCUUUCGCCACCUCGUACCGUGUUUGUAUCGGUGCCGUAUUGUUCGUAUUUUAUUGGUUGGUUCUAACCACAUAAGACUGUGUCCGUGUGGGUGGGGUGUGUGUACGCAAUGGUAUAAUGUUUAAUUUUCAAUUCUUACGUCCCUUAUUGUGCCCCCCCUUUAACUUCUAAUUACGUGUAUCGGAACCAGCUAAACCGAGUGUGUGCGUGUGUUAACGGUUUUGCGUUAUAUAUUACAUUAGCUUUCUUCUACUUCUACUACUUUCGCUACAUACAAUACCCAAUCAAUGUGUACGUGUUUAUGCGUGUCUUCUUUAUCAUUGUACGUGUUUGUGUGCUUGUACGUGUGCGCCUAUGUAUUGUAAAAAACAAAUGCUCCCCCAUUUACUUUUAUGGAGCAGAAAAUGUAUUGCAUGUUUGUUUGUGUUUGUUUUUUUAUUGUUUUUUUGUUUUUCUUCUGUGGUAGAAACAAAAAUCUGCUGAAAGCGGCGCGAAAUGAUGAAAUUAAGCAUUAAAGAAGAAGAAAAAAAGUACACUUGAACGAUAAAUAAAAGCUGUCUCUCCACUUUCCCGGAGAUUGUUCUCUCUCUCUAUCUCUCUCUUCAUCUCGUCUCGUUCCGCGUGAUGCGAACUAUGUAGCAAGGAUUAUAACCACCUGGUGGGAAUGUAGGAAACAGGGGCUAGGAAAAGAAAUUUAUCGACCAUUGGCUGCUAAAUUAGGGAAAAGUUCGGUAAGCUUUACACGGAUGCGAGCAGAUAGGCCCGAAAAAGCGUAGCAAACCUAAACGAAAACACAAAGCGAAGUAUAAAGGAUUAUCAAAUUUAGGCAUCUCUGUAUUAAAAGUAAGGGCGCAUCCGUAAGCCGGGUCGCCAUUUUCGAAACGAUUUUCUAGCCAGCUUUUUUUUGAAGGGCAAUUUAGAAGACGAUAGCACGAAUGCAGGAAGGUAAACUAAGUAGGGAAGCGAAAGGAGUUCCAACAACAUCAAACAAAGGGAAACAACAAUUGCAACGGCGUACACAAAGGCAGGAGAAGUGAUAUUAAUUGCUAAUAAAAAUUGAAACAAUGAAA